AAAAUGAUUGUAUGAUGGGGAUGGCAAACUAGUAAUAAUAACUAUUUCCUGCUUUUGGUAAAGAUUUUCCAAAGAAUUAUUCAAAAUCAGAGGUGAUGCCUUACAAGACAUGGAUUCUUAAUCUUCGGGCACAUUAUAGACAUUUGUUCCUGGCACAGGGAGAAAGUAUUUCUUCAACAACAGUCAAACUACAAUGGGCACAUGGUGACAUAGGUCCUAGUUGUCUAUGUUCAGAAAAUACUGAUCGAGUCUACAUCGUGAAAUACAGAAAAGUUGGCAAUAUGCUUUUCAAGAGGCAGAGGGUAGAACAACAAAUGUACAUCAUAAUUGAUGACUUAACUCCAAAUUCAAAAUAUGAGUUUGUGGUCGAAGACAAGAUGGCUGAGGACCACAAAAAGAAGUUCAGCGAGAGAUGUUUUGUUGUGACUAAAGGUUUUUCUAUACACACAAGCAAGGAAACUGCACGAUUAGUUGAUGGUAUACAGCCGAUAAAUGUAACUGUGACUGAGGUGUAACACACAUUACCAGUAAAUAAUUCAAUCAUUGUUGAGCAAAAACAUUGGGCUGUAUUUGCUUAACUCAUAAUACCAAAGAUACAAUAUUUUUUGAGAGAGUAAUAAUUUUGUGCAUUUUGCUCCAUCUAGCCAUCAAGCUAUAUUUGAUGAAGACACCAAUCUGGAGUUUCAAUCCUUAUUUACUAAAUACUUAUUUAUACAUGUAGUUCAAGUGUAUCUAUACUCCAGUCUAAUGAAGGCUAGCAUUUAUGCAAUGGCUUGUUUAUACAUGUAUUAGGCCGAAUUGGCCUCUUUUGUUAGAAAAAAUAGAAUAUCACGUACCUCAAAUAUUCUGAGAAAGUCUUU